GCCCGCCCGCCCAUCCGGCCCUCCGCACGCGCCCACAUACACGCACACACGCGGCCGCCUCCCUGCGAAAGCAUGACCGACCGAGGCCCCGAUCCCCGGGGCCGCUUUGCGCCUCAGCUUGCGGCCGGUCGGCCGGGCGCCGUGCCCCCUGGCACACCGUCGGCCUGGAGCGUGCCGGCCGGAUCCGGGCUGCCCUUCGCACGGCCAGUGCCGCCGGCCAGCCGGCCACCGAUCGCCCCCUCCGCCGCUGCCGGCGCGCCCUCGCCCCGGCCCUCGGUCGCCGAGAUGAAACGCCAAUACCAGCUCCAACACCAGCAACGCCAGCAGCAGCAGCAGCAGCAGCAGCAGCAGCAGCAGCAGCAGCAGCCGCAGCCGCAGCCGCAGCAGCGCGACCCGGGCGGCCCGGCCCUGCACCCGGCCGACCUGGACAUCGUCACCGAGGUGGCCGCCACCUCGCAGCUGGAGAAAUCCCUCCUGGCCCUCGCGGCAUGGGUCAACUUCCGCAUCUCCAGCGAGUGGGACGACUGCAUGGCGCCCGGCCUCCCCCCGGCCGGCAAAGCCCCCUCCCUCCGGGCAUCCGGCGCUUCGUCCUCCGGCGGGCAGUACCACUCGGCCCGGUCGCAGGGGUCCAGCGCGGUCGGGCCCCGGGGCUGGCGCACCCCGGCACACGCGCACGAGCAGGCCCUCGGCCUCCUGCGCGGCCACCCCCCAGCCGGCGGGUCGGCGAUGUCCGGGCUGGCUCGCCGGACCAGUGCCCACCUCCGCCGGGCCCUUGGCCGAGUGACGGAUGCCACGCAAUCCGGCCGAGUGCGACUGGCGGAGGGGCUUCUGGCGGCCUGGCGGCCGGCCGGCGACCCGGGCGUCGCCCCGGCCCAGGACCACCUCCUGGGGCUCCUGCUCCGGCAAUUCACCUUCCCCUGGCUGGUGCUGGCCCUGGAGGCAUUGGUGUUGAAUCGGCACCGGUGGCAAGCCGGGCCGAGCAUCCUCCACCGGGCGGCCGACACCCCGGCCGACGGCCGCCUGGCCGCCGAGCCGUGGCACCGGCUGGAUGCCGCCUCGCCGGACGACCUGAUGCCUGUCCUCCUCCAGAACGUCCUGACCAGCCCCUUCCUGGAAUCGCAGUUUGCCGGGCCCGCGGCCGCACGGGGAGCCCGCGGCGGUCGCGAGUACCCCAUCAUGUGUGGGCUGCACUUCAUCCGGCUCUUCCUGGAGAUAGCCCUCUUCCUGGAUGCGGCCAAGCAGUGCCGGAUCUUCAUCAGCCCCGGAUCCGAGGCCGGGGUUGACGCUCCGGCCGCCGCCGAUACCCCCGUCGGCCAGCAGCGCGACUUCCUUCUCUUCCCGCGGGAUGCCCCCGCGAAGUCCACCUGGGCAUUGCUCACCCUCUUCGGGCGGUCUGCCUGCCAGGGGGAGCUGGCCGAACGCCUGGCCGACGCGGUCCUCGCGCCGGCCGCCGGCGACACUUCCCCCGGCGGCCCGGACGGCCACUUCUCCCGGUCCCUGUCGACCCUCUCGCUGGGGGAAACCGACGCCGGGGCCGCGCCCAGCUGGUUCGAGCAGCGCCCGGUCGACGAGCGCCGGUGGCACGUGUCGGACCUCGGCCGGGACCUGGCCGACGGCGCGGUGCUGGCCCGGCUGCUGGAGGUUCUGCGCCCGACACGAGCGCACCUCCUGCUCCAUUCCCUGCAACUCCCGGCCCGGAUCCCGGCCGAGCGCUUCGCCAACUUGAACUUCGUCCUGCAGCAGCUCCAGGCGGCCCUCGGGCUGCGGCUGCUGUCAUCCACCGGGCGCAGCCUGGCCUCCGGCGAUGACCGGACCGCGGCCGGGGUGCUGUGGUCGGUCUUCGCGCGGGGCGCCCUGCCGCGGCUGCUGUCGACCGAGCGCCUGGCCGCCGAGGCGGCCGCGGUCCGGCGCCAGGGCCCCCGGUCGGCCGGCGGGUCCCCCUCGCCCGGGGCCGGCUCCCCGGGCCAGGACCCCAAGCGCCUGGGGGCCAAGCGCCCCGGGCCGGAGGCCGAGCCGCCGGCUUCCAGCCUCCCCCGGCCGCGGCUGUCGGACCCGGGGCCGGGGCCGGGGCCGGGCUCGCCGCCGGGCCCCGGGCUCGGCGACGACUCGGCCUCCGCCGCGGCGGUUCUCUACAUGAACAGCCCGCUGCUGAGCCACCUGGUGGACUGGGCCCGGGCGGUGUGCGCCGCGCAGGGGGGCCCGGGGCUGGUGGUCCGCGACGCGGCCGGGUCCUUCGCCGAUGGCCGGGCCCUGUGCGCCCUGCUGGCCUUCUACUUCCCCGGGCAGCUGGCCUGGGAGCUGGUCCGGCAGCACACCACCCGCACCGGCGACCGGGCCCUGUCGGCGGCCGAGCGCCGGCUGGAUCCGACCCUGGCCGGGCUGACCGGGCCGGAGGCGGCCGCGGCCCGGCGCCACCGGGCCGACCAGCUCCCGCCGCUGUUUUCCGUGCACUUCCGCGCCCAGGCCCCGGACGCCCUGGACUCCGGGCCGGAGCGCCUGCUGAAUGAGCGCUUCAACCUGGCCCUGGCGGCGCACGCCUGCCAGCAGCUGGGCAUCCCGGUGCUGGUGCGCCCGCAGGACCUCUCCGGCACGGAGCCCGCCGAGCAGGCGGUUCUCCUGUGGCUGGCGCACGUGGCGCACUUUGCCCUGGCGCGCGGCGGCCCCGGGCACCAGGCCGCGGCCAUCAUUCAGCGGCGCUGGCGUGAGCGCCAGGCCCGGCGGGUGGCCGGCACCGUGGCCAAUGGCGCCCACUGGCCGGCGGCCGGGGCCGGGGCCGAGGCCGGCCAUGGCAGCGAGCAUGCGGCUCCCUGGCCAGCCGGGGCCGGUGGCAAGCCCCCCCCGGCGGGGGCUCGCACCGCCGGCGGCCCCGCCCCCUCGGACACGCACCUCGGCCGGCUGCGGCGGCUGAUGACCGGCUUUUCGGCGCACCUUCGGGGGCAUCUGGUUCGGCGCCGGGUCGGCGCCAUCCGAAGCCUGGCCGUGGCCGGGCGGCAGCAUCUGGCCCGGCGCCGGCUGCGCCUGGCCGGGCAGGCGGCGCUCAUCCUGCAAACGGCCGCCCGCGAGCAUCUGGCCCGGCAGGCGGCCCUGCGGAAUCUGGCCGCCCGGCAGGCGGCCACGCGCAUCCAGGCCGCCUGGCGGGGGCACCGGGUGCGGGCGGCCCUGCGGCCGGUGCGGGCGGUGGCCCGCCUGCAGGCGGCCGUGCGCCGGCGCCUGGCCGAUGCCUCGCUGGCCGAGCGCCGGCAGGCGGUCUUCACCCUGCAGAAUGCCGUGCGCGGGGCCUUCUGCGAGUCGGCGCUGCUGUGCUCGCGCUCGGCCGUGGUCUACCUGCAGCAUGGGGUUCGCCACUGGCUGGCCCGCCGGGAGGCGCACCAGCUGGCCGUCGUCCGGGACCGGGCCUGGGCCGGGUCCACCCUGGUGGCCGGGCUGCUGGCGCACCGGGCCCGGGUGCGCCUGGCGGCCGAGCGUGAUGCCGCGCACAUCCUGGCCGCGGCCCUGCGCCAGCAGCUGGCCUUCCGCCGGGUGGCCCUGCGCUUCGAGGCGGCCGGUCGGCUGCAGGCGGCGGCGCGGCGCCUGACGGCCCAACGCCGGGUCCGGGCCGCCGCCGGCGACCUGGAAGCCCAGCGCCUGGCGGCGAUCACCCACCUGCAAAGUCACUUCCGCCAUGUGCGCGCGGCCCGGGCCCUGGCCCGGACCCGGGCCCAAGUCCACGCCCUGUGCCAGCUGCAGGCAGCCACCCGGGCCCGGCUGGCCAGCCAGCAGGUGGCCCGGCGGGCCCACGCUCGCCGGCUUCAAGACCAGCAGCUGGCCAACCGGGCCCGGGCCCACCAGGCUGCCUGCCUGAUCCAGGCCACCUGGCGCGGGUACCGGGCCCGGUGCCAGGCGCGCGACCUCCGCCGGCUGCGCGACCGCGACACGGUCGUCGUGCGCGAGGACCUCAUCGAGCUGUUCCAGGCCCACGUCCGGGGCUUCCUCGUGCGCAAGCACUACGUCCGGAUGUGCCUGCUGGAGAUGCCCCUGCGCCAGGCCCUCCGGCGACUGGUCACCUCGACCAGCGUGACGGCCAUCGCCGACGCGUGCCGGCUCCUGCAGCAGGCCACCUCGCUGGCGCGGUCGGCCUCCUCGGCCACCAUCAACUCGGCCCUCGGGCAGCCGGUGCAGCAGGAGCGCGCGCGCGCCGGCGUGCCCUCUGCCGCCGGCGCGGCGUCCCUCUCGGCGUCCGGGCUGUUCGCUGUGGCGGCCGACCUGGCCGGGGGCGGGGUGGCGCCGAGCCCGGCGCGGCCGGGUCCCGGGUCCCGGGCCUCGGCCCCCGGCCCCGGGCAGCUCCCCCCCGGCGAAGACCCCCGCACAAUGCAGCACUAUGCCCAGCUGGUGCCGGAGGACAUCCUGCUGCUGGCCCGGUACCAGCCGAAUCACCCGCUCCACCGGGAGGUGGUGUCCAUCCUGGCCAACCCGGGGAGCGAUCUGUCCGGGCUGUCGGGGCUCCUGGCCCGGGGCCGGCCGCUGCCCCAGCCGCCGGCCCUGCCGGCGGCCGAUCACACGCCCACCCUGCCGCAGGUGGUGGCCACCCGCUGUGCGGCCCUCAUCGCCAAUGGCCUGGUCGAGUACCUGGUGGCGGUGCUGAAGUCGUGCGACCGGUCGCGGCCGCAUGUGCACCUGGCCCGGCGGGCCCUGUGGGUCUUGGUGAACCUGUGCCUGCAGCCGACCUGCCUGGCGGCCGUGGUGGCUCGGCUGCUGGCGGCCCCGGGGGCGUACUCGGCCUCGCGAUCGGCCGAGACGGUGGGGGUGCCCACCGGCGGGGGGGUGCCCCUGCGGCGGGGGGGCGCCGCGCGCGGUGCCAGCCUGGCCGCGCCCCGGCACUCCCCCUCGGCGCUGGCCUCGCGGCCACUGGCCGCCGGGCCCGGCUUGCCGCCCCCGGCAGCACACCACCCGACCGCCGCGGCGCCGGCCCCCCAGUGCGACCUGGUCUUCCUGAUUGACCUGCUCCAAUCGCACCGGGACCACAUCGAGGUGGUCGAGCCGCUGGUGGCCCUCUUCUGGCAGAUGGCUGUCGGGUUUUCGGAGUACCGGCAGGCCCCGGCGGGGCGUGCCGGGCCCGGCGUGCCGGACCACCACCGGCCCGGCUCACCAUCGGCCCCCGGGACACUGGCCACCGCCGGGGCCCCCGGGCGCCGGGGCAGCCCGCACGGCCGCCCCCCCGGGGCCGAUCUCGAUGCCAGUGCCCUGGACAGCCUGUGCCUGCUGCCGGAGCUGGUGCUCCUGUCGCCCGGGCGCCUGCGCGGCCAGAAGCCGGCCGGCGCCGCGGCCGGAGCCACGCCGGCCGACCCGCAUGGCGGCGGCGCCCCGCCCCCCCCGGGCGAGGAGGACCUCCUGGGCCUGCUGGCGACCGAUCCCGGCCGGGCGGCGGCUCUGCCGGCCCGCCGGGCGGCGGCCCUGCUGGUCCAGUGGCUGCAGCACCCGCACGCGAGCCUGGUCCUCGGGCGCUUUGGCGAUGUGGCCCGGCUGAUCGAGCGCCGGGCCAGCCUCGAUGCGCGGGCCCUCUCCGCCCGGGGCGGGCCCCUCAGCGGCAAUGUCAUCGGCAAUGCCGGGGCCGGGGCCGAUGCCCUGCGGGCCACGCACGAGCGCCAUGUCACCGCGGUGGCCCGGCUCCAGGACAUCCAGGCGGUGCUCGCCGGGGCCCGCGCCCGGCCGGAGCCCGUCCCCCUGGCGGGGCACAUGUCGCGCGUGGUCUUUUGAGGGCGCGCCGCGGCCGCCAGGCACGCGAGACACAGGGCACGUGCGUGCGGCGCGCGGCGUGCGGCGGGUAUCGAGGCAGCCGCGCCGUCCCGGUUAAGUGGCGGGUUAAGAGCGCGUCACGUGGGAAGCGGGUGUCACUUUUGACACCUUAGCCCUCGAUCGGCCGGCCGCCUCCCGUUUGGGCCCGCAGGCGCGUGCGCGCGCGCGCGCGUGUAUGUGCGCAGGCGGGCCCGCUCCUCUGCGGCACCUGGUCGCUCCCCUUCGCCAUCUCUUCGCCAUCUCUUCGCCAUAGACUACACCACGGACCUGCGUUCACCUUUUCGUCUG